AUGUCCAUGUCCGCUCUCCUAUCUGCCCUACGCGGCGCCGGCCGGCAGCAGCUCUCCGUUUCAACCGUCGCCACGAGGCAGACGACCGGCUCCCACGUUCUCCGGAUCGACCGGUACACGCAAGUCAGCAAACUGGUGGGCAAGGAUAAGAGGAUGAGAUUGGAGACGAUUAGCGUCGGCGGCCACGACUGGCGUAUCAAUUGCUAUCCGAAUGGGUCUGGGACGAAGUACGAGGGCUCCCACAUCUCCCUCUUCAUCGAGAAGGCGAGCCACCGAGAGAGAGAGACUGAGGAGGACCCCACGAUAAAGGUGGAGGCGAGUAUACUCGACCAGGCCGGGAUGCCAUCCUACACUAAAACUAUUCCAGAGAUCCGUGCAAGCGCCUGCACCCACAUCCACGGUUUUGGCUGGAAUUGCUUCAUCAGCCACAAGGAUCUCGACGAGGAGAAGCAUCUCAAGGACGACUGCCUGACCAUCCUGUUUGACCUCACCGUCGUCACCAAGGAGUGCACGGAGGUUGCCCUCCUGCCCGAACCCACGGUUUGGGCGCCUGCGUCGUGGCCAUCCGAGUUGCACGGACAACUGGUAGAAGCCAUCUGGAAUAAGGAGAAGCCGGAUGUCACGAUUGAGGUCGGCGGAGAGACGUUCGUCGCGCACCGGUGGAUGCUAGAGGCCCGAUCCCCUGUACUUAAGGAGGAUCUCUCGCUCACAUCCGAUCUACGUGUCGCCGACAUGGACGCAGAGGUGUUCAAGACUCUUCUCCAGUUCAUCUAUACUGACUCCCUUCCCCUAGUUGAGGAGGCGACAACGGCGAAGAAGUUGUUCGUCGCGGCCGACAGGUAUAGGCUGGAUAAGCUGAAGCUAGCCUGCGAGGAGGCGCUAUGCCGGCAUGUCAGCAUGGACUCCGUCGUGGCUACUCUGGUAUUGGCGGAGCGACACUCUUGCCCUGUUCUGCGGGAGGCAUGCAUGCGGUUCCUCUCUUCUCCGGGGAAUCUGGAGGCGGUCGUGGCAGCGGAUGGGUUUGACCUGCUAAAAACUGGUUGCCCCUCUGCUCUGUUGGAGCUCGUGGUGAAGAAGGUGAUGCGGCAGGAGGAAUAG